AUGGCAUCAUUACCCCAAAUUCUGACCAUGCGCCUCGGCCGGCACCAUGGAGAGCCUCCCUUGCGUUGGGAUGAACCAACGCACGCUGCGGAGAUGAAUGCCAGCCGAGCUGUCUUAUUGCUUGGAAGAUCUGGCACCUCCCGAAGAAUCCUCGAUUCUAGCAUCCAGUCAACGUUGCUGGCAACCGCCGAGAAGUGGGUUAAGGUAAAAGUGGCUUUCCUAGUGCACCCUUUCCCGGUAGUGAAGAGAAAAAAAAUGUGCUGUGCAGCAUUUAUUGCAUACCGAGAAGUCAGAGCUAUGGGUUUGGCGCUUCAAAACAUCCUUUUUCCCGCUAUUCUUUGUGGCAACCGAGUACUCCUAUCUCUAUGA